AUCAUACACCCCCAUAUAAACUUAUAAUAUUAUUUUUCACACAUUAUUUCCAGCUCUAUAUAAACCCCUAUUCACACCCCCUUUCUUCCCAUUAAGCAAGGUUGAAUAUUGUGAUAUAUACACAUACUCAUACUACUACUCAUAUAUAUACAUUCAUAUUAGUAUAACCAUGUCCGGAGUUUGGUUGUUCGAAAACGGCGUCGUUCGGCUAGUGGAGAAUCCGGGUGCCGAGUCUUACGACGGAAGCCGGCAAGGGUCGCAGAGGCGGAGGAAGGUGCUGGUCCACACGGCGUCGAACGAGGUGAUAACGUCGUACUCGGCGCUGGAGCAGAAAUUGUCGUCGUUGGGUUGGGAAAGGUACUACGAUGACCCGGACUUGCUUCAGUUCCACAAACGCUCCACCGUUCACCUCAUCUCUCUCCCCAAAGACUUUAACAAGCUCAAGUCCAUGCACAUGUACGACAUCGUCGUCAAGAACCGUAAUGUCUUUGAAGUCAGGGACAUGUAGUAGUAGCACUACUACUGCGACAGUUCUACUACUAUUGCUAUUACUUGUGUAUCUUUGUGUGUGAGUUUUCACCUUUUCCUUUGUUUAUUUUGGUUUGGUUCUCAACUGGCAUGGGUCUUUGUGCUAAUUGAUGAGUAUAUUUAGGUGUGAAUUAAGUUUGUGCAAAUAAUACUAAUUAGAUUUAUAGAUAUAUUUAUGAUCAAGCUUGAUUUUGAUUAAGUAAUAUAGUUUUGAGGGUCUGUUUGAUUUGUGAUCAA